AUGGGUGAAUCCAAGUCCCCGGCUGGAAAGCCCGACAAGAAAAUGUCGUCCCAUCUCUUGACGAUGAAGUUCAUGCAACGUGCUGCUGCCUCCAAGGAAGCGUAUUCCAAUAUUUCCCCAAACUCGUCUGCAGGCUCUGAACGUCACAAACCUAAGCGUGCCCGCCUGUCCACCGAGGCUGAGAAACCUCGUGCAUCUGACAUGGAUGAGAUUACGGCGGCGCUGGCUGCCGAGGAAGAAAAGCGACAGAAAGCUCUCGCGCGCGCCGCCGAGGAAGCGGGUGAGACACAUUGGGUUUUGGAUGUGCCUGCCGCACCGCAAUCCAAGUCCCGACCUGUUGUAUUGGCAGCAGACUCGCUUGAUGCAGACGAUUAUGUUUCUUCUGGUGGUCGGCAGUCAUUUGGCAACUAUAAACGCAAAGAACCAAAAACAGUCACAAACGAGAGUGAUGAUGAAGAUCUCACCUAUAACCCGGCGGACUCCCCCAAAGAGCAAGAAAGGAAGAAAUCCAAGCUAGAACGAAAACAAGCAAAGAAAGAACAAAAGGAACGAUCCUCAGACAAAAACUUGGGCAAUUUAUCGAGUAUCUCUGGUUCUGGUGGUCGGGGAACUAUGAUGGGAUCGCCAUCGACGGACAAAAAGAAGAAGCGCAAGAGUCGGUAA